AGAUGUGGUAGCUGAAGCAACGUCUACAGGGGCGUCAAACGUUGUUCCCUAGUUACAACAAAGAUGUUAAAUAGAUAAGAUGCAAAGCUGACAGGAUGAUACAUUAAUUAAUUAUAAAUUAAUUUCGCGUUGACUCAGAAAGUUUUUUAACGACAGCGUUAUCGGUGCCUAUAAUGCGGAGGUAGCUGCUGACUACCAACAAACUUCAGCCAAAUGUGUUUCCCACCUCUGCGCUGAGCAUUUCCUGGAUCUGGGUCUUUGAGUGCAUGUUGAAAGCGAAUCAAUUUUCUGCAGCAUGAACUGCGAUGAGUUUCAGCUCUUGAGUUAACCAGAUUCAGUAGAUACCUUUGCAGCUCCUCACGCGAAUUAAGAAGUUGUCCUUGAGGGUAAUACAUUGGCCAAUGUUUAAAAGAACAGGAUUAUUGCAGCGCUUGCUGUCAACGGACAUUGGUUAUGAGUGAAAACACCACAUUUUAGACUGCGAAAUCAACGUAAAAAAUAGAAAUAGAAACUUAAAUAAAAAUCGGAAGGAGCAAAACACGACAGAACCAUGGAUGGGUUGGAAAAUAGUUUAGACGACACCUCGGCAGAUGGCAGUACCGAGUUCCCUGACCGGGUGUCGCAGAUGGAGCUGCGUCUGCAGGCGCAGGAGGACGAGAUUACGCUGCUGAAGUCGUCCCUGGCUGACGCCCUGCGCAUGCUGCGCAUACACGGCGAGCAGAUCCCUCUCAUCAAACAGCACCUCAUCGCAGUGAACCCUGCCGCGGCCCGGGCCCUCAACCAUGCCUGUUACACAGAUGGUUUCUCCCGAACCCGCAAACUGUCCAGCAACUCUGUGACUGACGGAAUCCGCCUCUCAGCAUCCAGCCCAGCGGCUCAGCCAGGGGUGGAUGAACUCUCGAGGGGUGAGGGGACCUCGUUCAAUCCCCUAAAUCAGAAGGUGGGGGCUUCCACUCAGAACAGGGCCACACAGACGGAGUGGACCGUGCCCAGUCAGCCCUCGGGGAAGGAGAAGGUGCAGCUGGCCCAGACCCGGGCGGUGCUGAGCCUGUCGCUGGAGGAUGCGCUCCACCCUGAGGAGGUCCUGGAGAAGCUCCGAGGGGUGGAGGAAGAGCGAGAGGAGGAGGAGGUUGGGACACAGGAGGAGCCGAGCUUCACCAGUUUGGUGGAAGAGCCUAUCCAGCCCACCUGCUUCAAAGGACUCUCGCAGGUUGGGUCCCUCCAGGAGAGCCCGGCCCAGCCCAGGAGAGACUCCCCGGAAGGGCUCAGCGAAGCUAGGGCGGCACCCUCCCCGACACCCGGAGCUGCUUCCCCUGCCCCCCGCGCCCACCCCCUCUCCUCCGUCCUGGAAGGGGAGAAGACCCCGCUAGUCAGGAGGACCAACUCCUGUGAUAAGCUGUUGAGAGACGGCCAGGACAGGCCUCAGAAACAGAAGCUGGGCAGGAAAGCAGCAUCCUCCACCAACCUGCUCACCCGCUCCCCAAGCCUGGAGAACCGAGCCAAGGACCUGACCUCCAACUCAGGAUCUUCAUCAUCCAGGAGAGGGAACUAUGGACAGGGCCAUUCCAUAAAGAUGUUCAUUCGAGGCCGGCCAAUCACCACGUACAUCCCCUCUAACAUCCAGAACUACGAGGAUCUGAAGAUGGAACUGCCAUCGGAAAAGCUGGAGCUUGACUGGGUCUAUGGUUACCGGGGACGAGAUUGCCGGGCCAACCUGUACCUGUUACCGACGGGGGAGGCGGUGUUUUUCUUGGCCUGCGUGGUGGUCCUGUUCCACAUCAACAAGCGCACACAGCGCCACUACCUCAAACACACCGACUGCGUGCGCUGUUUGGCCAUACAUCCAGACAGGGUGCGUGUGGCUUCAGGACAGGCAGCUGGAGUGGACAAGGAUGGCAAGCCAUUGCAGGCAUUUGUGCACAUCUGGGACUCGGGCACCCUGGUGACACUGCAGCAGAUUGGGCUGGGGAGCUUUGAGAGGGGGGUGGGCUCCGUGGCCUUCUCCCACGCGGACUCUGGAGCGUUCCUUUGUGUGAUUGACGAGUCAAACGAACACAUGCUGUCUGUGUGGGACUGUGCCAAGGGAACGAAACAUGCAGAGAUUAAGAGCACCAAUGAGGCCGUGUUUGCAGUGGAGUUCAACCCCAACGACAGCAACAACAUCAUCACCUGCGGAAAGUCUCACGUGUACUUCUGGACCAUGAGUGGGGGUGCCUUGAGCAAGAAGCAGGGCAUCUUUGGGAAAUACAAGAAGCCCAAGUUUAUCCAGUGCUUCGUGUUCAGUGGGACGGGGGACGUGCUGACGGGGGAUUCGGAGGGGAACAUCCUGACCUGGGGGAAAUCCGCUGCUGAUGUGAAGACCUUGGGGAAGGGAGCUAAAGAGACCUACCAGAUCAUGCGUCAGACGCGGGCGCACGAGGGCAGUGUGUUUACACUGUUUGUCCUGCAGGGCGGCGCUAUUCUCAGCGGAGGGGGAAAAGACCGCAGGGUGAUACGCUGGAGCGUGGACCUGGCGCCGGAGAGAGAGUGUGAGAUCCCAGAGAAGUUUGGUGCGGUGCGUACCAUUGCAGAAGUGGACGGGGAGGAACUUUUAGUCGGCACGACCCGGAACGCGAUUCUGAGGGGCACCUUCUCAGAUGGCUUUGUGGCCAUCGUGCAGGGUCAUGUAGAUGAGUUGUGGGGGCUGGCCACACACCCCUCCCAGAAUACCUUCCUCACCUGCGGCCAUGACAGGCAGGUCUGCCUCUGGAACACAGAGGAACAUCGACUGGACUGGACCACCACACUAGAGGAGUCAGGGCUGUGUGCAGAUUUCUGUCCAAAUGGCAGUGUGGUUUCUGUGGGGCUCAACACAGGAAGGUGGGUGGUUCUGGACUUGGACACCAGAGAGGUGGUAUCGGAUUACACCGAUGGCAACGAGCAGCUGUCUGUCAUGCGAUACUCCCCAGAUGGAAGCUUCUUAGCGGUGGGUUCCCAUGACAACUUCAUCUACAUCUACACCGUUACAGAGGGCGGACGCCGCUACACACGCUUCGGAAAGUGUACCGGUCACUCCAGCUUCAUCACGCACCUGGACUGGUCCAAGGAUGGAAAAUACAUCAUGUCCAACUCUGGAGACUAUGAGAUACUCUACUGGGACGUGGCUGGGGGCUGCAAACUGCUGCGGAAUCGCUUCGAGAGCAAAGACCGGGAGUGGGCCUCGUACACCUGUGUGCUGGGCUUCCAUGUGAUGGGGGUGUGGCUGGAGGGCUCGGACGGCACAGAUAUCAACGCCCUGUGUCGCUCACACAGUGAGAGGGUGGUGGCGGUGGCUGACGACUUCUGCAAAGUGCACCUGUUCCAGUACCCUUGCCCAAAACUCAAGGCCCCAAGCCACAAGUACGAGGGCCACGGCAGUCACGUGACCAACGUGCGCUUCACUCACAAUGACGGGCAUCUCAUCUCCAUGGGGGGCAAGGACACCUGCGUGCUGCAGUGGAGGGUCACCCGCGGGGGGGUCCGUCAGGGGGGGUCCCUGGACCGGAGCAGCUCUGUGUCCUCCACCUCCAUCAGCUCCCUGGAGGCUGCGCCCUAGAGACACAAGUGUGUGCGUGUAUGUGUGUGUGUGUGUCUGUGUGUGUCUGUCUCUUAGCAUGUGUGUGUGUGUAUGUGUGUGUUUGUUUGUAUGUGUGUGUGUAUGUGUGUGUCUGUUAGCAUGUGUGUGUCUGUGUGUGUCUGUUAGCGUGUGUGUUUGUGUGUAUGUGUGUAUGUGUGUGUGAGUAUGUGUGUUUCCGUUAGCAUGUGUGUGUGUCUGUGUGUGUGUCUGUUAGCAUGUGUGUGUGUUUGUGUGUAUGUAUGUGAGUAUGUGUGUGUCCGUUAGCGUGUGUGUGUGUACAAUUGUAUGUGUGUGUGUGCAUGUGUGUCUGUUAGCGUGUGUGUACAUUUGUAUGUAAGUGUGUGUGUGUUUGUGUGUGCGGAUGUGUGUGUGUUUGCCUAUUUGUGUGUGUGCGUAUGUGUGUGUGUGUGGGUUUGCAUAUGUGUGUGUGUGUUCUAACUGUGUGUGUAUGUGUGUGUGUGUGUGUGUGUGUGUGUGGGUUUGCAUAUUGUGUGUGUUCGUGUGUGCAUGUGUGUGUGUGUUUGUAUAUACAUGCAGUGCAGAAGACAGACUGGAGAUUGGUGACGUUUAGUGCCAGAGACAGAUUAGGCAGCAGAAUUACAGUUGUGCUGGAAGAGCCCCAGGGAGGAAUAAGUUUGGCCCGACGAUGGGAACAAAGGAUGGAAGAAAUGAGAAACAAGUGCUGAUUUACCUGGAGGGGUCAAGGAAGAGUGGAAACAGAGAGAUGAGCAGGAGAAGAUGGAACAGCCGGAGGCCAUCACUGUAGAGAGAGUGAGAUGAGGAGAGAGAUAGAAUAGGCAAAAGAAUGGAAAUGGCCCUCGAGUAGAUGCGUAUCACUUUGGAUGAGCAUUGUGCAGAAUAUCCACCAAUGGGCUACUGUUCUGAUGACCUACUGUGGCCUGUGUCUGCUGUCUGGGGUGUGCUGUUGACAUCAGGACCAUGGGGUUAACAUCAGGGUAGCCCACUACUUGGGGGGGUGGAGUACAGCUGGAUAAGGUCCCAAAAAUAAAAUUUGUUUGUACUACCAAAGUGGGCCCAGAGUAGUAUUCCCAGAAUUCCUACCCACACCCCUGGUUUACCCACACCCCAUGCUGUGUACACUACCAGAUCUCAACACGUCAGCACUCACACUCAGAAACAUCUGGGUUUAUCCCUGAAUGUCACUUUCCAUAGCUCACUGCUUGGAAAUGCAAUCAGCAGCAUAAAAAAAAUCAGGCCAAGCCAGAGUUCACCAUCUUUGGCUCAAUAAACAAGUUCUGCUGUGGCCACAUUACACACUAUCAGCUUGUAACCAUUAGGAACAUUUAAAUAGUCAUAAACUUAGGGAAAAUGGCAAUGAAACUACAUUUACCGGAGAACCUAUUACCUGAACUGCGUGGACCUUAUGCAACAGUCAGGGGCCAUUUUUGGAGACAUUUUGGAACUUCUGGUGUUCUGUUGGAUUUUGCCAUAUUUGUCCAGUGCUCCUUUAAACGGCUAUUGCCCUAAGAGAAUGCCCACCCUAAUCCAUCUCAAAUGCUAUAUUUGUACUGUAACUGAGCCUUCUGACCAGGCUGAUACACUCUGCCAUGCUUCUGAGUACUUGCAUGCUUCUGUUGUACCUUAUUACAUAAAAUCUGCAGCAUAAUUUACUGCUGCACAUCUCUGCGCAUCAUUGAUGUAAGUGUAUUAAUUCAAGUGCCUGUUUCUUGUGCUUUUCUAUGACAAUUAUGAAAAUCACACAAAUAAACACCAAACCAGAUGUGCCACGUGGUGCAUUGUCAUUUUCUAAAGGACCAAAUAUCAUUUGUACAUACUUUUGCAUUUACACUGACAUUUUAUGUUCAUUCACUCUUAAGACUAAUGUUUGAAAUGUGAGCCUCAUUAAAGGAUACAAACUGGAAAAAAAAAA